AAAGUUAAGGGUGCUGCCCCUAGGGUUUAGAGCUGGGCAUCGUGAAUUCUCUUCAAGUUUUCAAAGUCCUGGAAAGUUUUGAUAAGCAAAUACUUUCUGGGCUCUGCUUCUCUAUUGGCUGUUUCUUCACCGCCAGAUUUUGACACAAAUAAUCUGAUUGAAAAAUCAGGGAGGGGAACAGGGGCAAAAAAGCAGAGAGAAAAAAGGAGAAGUAUCUAUUUCAGCAGACAGCAACUAAGUGAAAAAGUGGAAGAAGGAGUCCAGAGAGAAGACAGCGUUUCGCUGGGGGCUUGUCUGGGGAGAUUUUGAGGCGAAUCCAGUAAAGCAAAGUCCCCUAAACAGAUGCAUCUCAAGUCACAUGCACGUUUCUUGGAAAUAGAUAAAAACAGGCAGUGAAUGGAAAAUGCCACGUUCCUUUUUGGUGAAGAGCAAAAAGGCUCAUACCUACCACCAGCACCGCUUUGUGGAAGAUGAUCUGCCUGUAUUCACGUGGGAUCCAAUCUCCUCUGCCUUCACUGCCAUAGGAGACAAGGCAUCAGAGGACGGCAAGAAACAGGACCUAGAAUGCAUGGUUCCAAAACAAGAAAAGGACCCUUCUGAACCAAAAGAAGAAAAUGUCCCCGUCCAGCACCCGAGCAGGAUGCUGCCAGGAACUUCAGCUCAAGAGAUGACCAUCCCAGGUCUGCAGAUGAAAGACUGCACGACCCCAACCAGCACCCCUACCUUCUACAAAACCAGCUUUUCUUGGGACGCUUUCCAUUUGCCAUACAGCUAUCGACAGAUGUCUUCCACCAUGCAGUCAGCCCUCCUGGAACACCCCGUCAGCCUGUACGGCAGCCACCUCCUGCCAAGCCCCGAGCCCCCUCUGGAUUACAGCGUGCAUUACUCCUCCGACAUGGAGACCUACCACUGUGUGAAGUGCAACAAGGUAUUCUCCACUCCCCAUGGCCUGGAGGUCCACGUACGAAGGUCUCAUAGUGGGACUCGGCCCUUCGCUUGCGAAGUAUGUGGCAAAACCUUCGGACACGCCGUAAGCCUGGAGCAGCACACCAAUAUUCACUCCCAGGAAAGAAGUUUUGAAUGCAAGAUGUGUGGGAAGACAUUCAAGCGUUCCUCUACCCUCUCCACGCACCUGCUGAUCCAUUCAGACACACGGCCCUACCCCUGCCAGUACUGCGGCAAGCGCUUCCACCAGAAGUCCGACAUGAAGAAACACACUUACAUCCACACCGGGGAGAAGCCCCACAAAUGCCAGGUAUGUGGCAAAGCCUUCAGCCAGAGCUCCAACCUCAUCACCCACAGCCGCAAGCACACCGGCUUCAAGCCCUUCAGCUGUGAGCUCUGUGCCAAGGGCUUCCAACGCAAGGUGGACCUACGGAGGCACCGGGAGACCCAGCACAGUCUCAAGUGAGGGACAGCUCCAGGUCUCUGCUGGAGAUCCUGCUGCCAGGGCCUGCUCCAUGGAAGAAGACUCUCCCCAGCACCUCCAGCCAGCACGGGGCUGCCCACCUCAUUAAGCUCGUACAGCUUCCUGCAUUGCUCUGGAGACUAACGAAGUCAUGUCAUUGGCUUUGGUGUCCUGGCACCCCAGGGCCUUGUACAUCCUGAUAUGUGACAAAGGAACUCGUGGGAGCUCUCACUUUUUAGUUACAGCAGGUACCAGGCCAGAGCUGACAUCACCUGCUCAAGUGUAAAUCCGGAGGAAUUCUUCCACGGUGGCUAUUUACUCCGGAUUUACACCAUGAGCAGAAGUCAGUUCGGACCAGCAGUGAGGUGGGAACUCCUGGACUAGGGGCAGCAACAAUCUGUGCCAGGCUGGUGCCGUAACCGUGUUCUGCUCUGAUGGUUAGCAAGAUAAGGCUGGGGCAUGCAAAUAGACUGCUUUCAGUGAGCUGUGCUCAACCUGGACAGGGCUUCUGCAGAGACUUGCCCAGGUCAUAAAUUCUGGCAACAGACACCUAAAGUCAUUUUCUUUCAGCAGAGCUUUUACUGUGAUCAAGUGACAAAUGAACUGUGUUGUAUUUUUAACUUGGAGGGGGAGGAAAAUAAUGAAAAAACUGUUCCUAUCCCUAGAUAAUAACAGGGGACUUUCAAUGUAUUUUACAUCCACACCCUACGGCAAAGAUCCAGGGGUUAGAGGCAACCAGGAGAGCUCCAAGAAGAGCCAGACCACAGCACUAGGCAUAAACUAAUAAGCCCUGCAUCUCACUACCAUGCAAGAGAGACUGGCUGCUCUCAGAAUCCAGGCUGGUGCGUCCCGCAACGUUUCACUGUAUGCUGGAUUUACUGAAUUGGGUUUUUCCUGAGCAAUCCUGUGUCUCUGCAUGGUUGGAAAUGACCCUCGAGUACUGGUGUCAAGGACCAGAAGUAUGCUUUCUGCCUCUCUUAAAGGAGGAAGUAGCCUAGCCCAUACACAUUGGCAUAAUCUGAAUACCUUACAAAUGUUACACAAACAGCAGUGGUGCUUCCUUCUCCAUCCAGGUCUAGAGGUUGAAGUAGAACACUGGAACAGGUAGAGAGAGGGCUCCCCUCUAAGCUCUGCUACGUUUUCAGCAGAUAACUUAGGGCAAGUCACCGCACUGCUCUGACUUAUUUCUCCACCCCUCUUGGUGACGGAGUCAUUCACUCAGGUUUGUAAAGUCCCUUGAGUUCUUGAGAGGAAGGACAAAGUAUUAUUACAGCAUUAAAAAUUGCUUUCAGUUACAUGGGGCAUUGUAGCAGCGCACAGACCACCCUAUAACGACAUCCCUGAACACACGGCCUUGUGCAAUGACACCUGUGGGAAAUGGCCUGGAGAAAUACCUAUUGCACCGCAACUGCUUAUCAAGGCAGGCUGCCAUCAUGGGCAAAAAAAGAAGCAGUCCAAGUGGAAAAGUUUGUUGCCAGGAGAAAAAAGGCCUCAUCCUGCCUUCAGUUACACUGCUGUAAAUCCAAAGCCAUUCUCCUAAGAUCUAAGAUGUACUUGCCCCUGUUUUUUUUUGCUGCACCUAAGCUGUUCAUCAUUAAUAUGCAUGCUGGAAACUCAAAGCAGAGUCUGUGCUCCUGGCUUGUCCUUGCACACUGUAAAUAUAUAUUUAUACUUAUUCUAAUGUGUAUUUUUAUUGCAAUACACCAGACAGUUACAACAUGUACAGGCCCGCUGGGAUUUAUCUGAUAAAUCUGUUCCCUCUCAGUAACUGAGCUAACACAGGGUAUUUUGUGUUAAAAACACUCAUUUCAAUAAA